AUGGAUAAAAGCUUAGCAAACCGUAUAGCUAGCGAAUGUUUGUCCAAGUUCGAUAGCCUUCCGAAAACGGGAAAACCUAACGAAGAUUUCGAAUGGACAAUACUGGCGGCGAUCGCGCUUGUUGUACGAGCGACUACCCCCUCGGAACCAUCGGUGCGUGUCGUUGCCCUGGGAAGUGGCACAAAAUGUCUCGGUGGGUCUGAGCUCAGCCCACGGGGCGAUUUGGUGAACGAUAGUCACGCGGAAGUGUUGGCACGGCGGGCGUUCCUACGGUAUUUGUUGGAGCAGAUAGAGGCUGCUGUUGGUGAUGGAAAGGAUGGAAGUAUAUUUGAGAGAAGCUACGAAUCCGAUGAGUUAAAAUUUGUGCUGAAGAAGGGCCACUCGUUCCAUUUCUUCACCACCCAUAGUCCGUGCGGGGAUGCGAGUAUAUUUGAACGAUCGGAUGGAGUCAGCAAGGGUGAUGAGGAUGAAGGACCGCAAGUGAAGCGAUGUCGUAUGGACAUACCUAUCGCGCUCGAAAAAGAGAGCUUCGGAAGCGUGGUUAUGGUGUCUGGCGAGGCAGGAAACCCUUCGAUCGUGGUUGGUGGAAAAACGGGUGGAAAAUUGCUUCAGACGGAAGCGGACGGUGAUCUAAUGGCACAAACGAUCGGAGCGGUCAGAACAAAACCAGGUCGAGGCAUUCGAACACUAUCGGUUUCGUGCAGCGAUAAGAUGGCCCGCUGGAGCGUGCUCGGUUUACAGGGUGCCCUGUUGAUGUUGCUUCUGGAAAAGCCCAUCUAUCUGGAAAGCCUUAUAAUAUGCGAUGGAACGGACCACUCCGUGGAUGCUUUGCAACGAGCAAUUUGGGGACGGUUUGAUCGAUCAUUGGCGGAAGAAACCGGAACCAUCAUUGAACAACCUUACCGACGAUGCAUUCCGGAACUCAUUGCAGCAACGAAUGGUAGAUUGUUCCGGUUUCGUAAAAAUCGGAACGUUGCUUCCGACACGAGGAAGUAUCAACCGUCGCCGUGUGGGAUUAUUUGGUGUGAUGUUACCGAAAGACCUCACGAGGUGGAAGUUGGCGGCCGUCGGCAUGGGGUGACGAAGCGCAAGCUUGGGACACCGGCGGCUCGUUUGCGGAUAUCGAAAAUCGAAUUAUUCGUUCGCUUCGCACGGCUGUAUCGCAUCUGCAGGGAGGCGAAGCUGCUUGCUGGGCAAACUUUGAAUAAUUUAGCACCGGACAAGGAGCCGGAGAUCAUGAUCCGCAACACAGCAGAUUCUGUACCGAGUGCAGUGGACGACGACGCGGCGAAGAGUGAAGGACAUCCGAAACUAAAGCAAAACCGCACCGACGAUGUAGCCAAACUUUCCUACGCCACUGCAAAGGCCCGCUCGGUUGGAUACGUACAGCAGUGGGUCCGGUUGCGGGAUGUGGCGUUCGAAGGAAAGUGGACCGUGAAACCGGACAGCUUGGGGCAGUUUCACAUGGACAUCAGCACUAGCUCAGCGUAGUGAGGAGUUAGAUAUGGUUUGAUAAACUGUCUAUUCUUGUUGCGGGAUAAUUGUUACACAAAUAAAAAGUAUCAACA